GGCGGAAAACGACGAAAGUGGUGAAGCAGUCCGGGCAAAAAGGACACAUGACAAGCAGUGACAGGCACGAGCAGUUCUUGUACAGCAUGGGGGGUGGGUGCGAUCAACGGUCGUCGGGCAUGCCCCGUUUCGACCCGGCCCUGUAUGCGCACCUGCCGUCGUGGCAAAAGCCACUGCCUGACGGCGAGUCAUGGGAACCACCAUCGUCUGCCGUCCCCCUGGCGUACGGAUCGACGCAGUCCAUCUCUGACUGUCGGAUGCAACGACCGGAUCUUCGCCAGCGGCAGGGACCCAUGACAUCUCUCCUGAUGCAUGGACAGCAGCAGGGCAUGGGACCGCCUCUCAAACUGCAGCUUUCAUCUGGGGGGCAAGCGACCGUAUCGAGAACUUUGCUAGUCAAUCCCAGUGGCCUAUCUCAAGGCGAGCCCUCGAUCGGGUGCGAGGGACGGCGGUCGAUCACUGUUAGGGUGCAGCAGCCAGCGUUUCCAGUGAACUAUGGCGGAGUGGGCGGGCCACUCCCGAGAGUUCCCGGCGGUGGUCGGGGGACCGCUGCAACGACGGGGGGGCAAGCGGAGAGCAGAGAGGCGAAUGUGGUGGAACACAUCAUCGCACAUGUGUCCACAAUGCGUGCGACAAGUGAUGGUGACGGAGGUGGGGAGGGUGGGGUUGACGAUGACAUGUGUGAAGACGUGGAUGAAGUAGAGGAGGAGGAGGAAGAGGAAGAGGAGAUGGAGGACGAAGUUCUCCCGCCUUCAAGCGGCCACAAGAAGACACCUGCGAAGAAAGCGACUUUGAAGGGGCGGGGUAAAGGGAAGGCGGGCAGCGGAGGGCGGACUAUAUGGAAUCUGGACGAUUCCCUCACUCUUGUCCGUUGUAAGCGGGAUCAAGACGAGGCCUUGGCGGCCGCUGGACACAACUUCGCGCGCAUGAAGAACAAAGAAUGGAAAUGGACGGACGUUGCCAACCACAUGGGGGCGUUGGGGGUGAAGAGAGAUUGGGACCAAUGUAUGAAAUGGUGGGAGAAUAUCUUCUCGUGGUACAAGAAAGUGCAGUUGAGAGAGGAGUCAGGCAAGCAAUCUUUCUUCACUCUCACGCCAAAGCAGCGAAACGAGGAAGGGUAUAAGUUCCAAAUGGAUCGCCGUCUGUUCGAGGCGAUCGAUGUGGGCCAGCAUGGCAACCAGACCAUUCACCCACCGAAUCUGGUGGAUACCGGCCUGUCUCAGCUGCAAGGAGGGAGAAACGGUGGGGGAGGAGAAACUUCUGCGAGCGAGAAUGGGGAGACGGGGGGGGGGGGRGGGAUCAGGAAGCAGAUCAUCCGGAGUGGAUGCCGACGGACUUGUCUGCAGUUGGCUGUCCAUCUAGGGUUUGCACAUCGUUUGCUACGCGAUGUCGUGAUCUUCGUGACGAAGAUCGGUUCCGCAGUGCCCAACCGCUGGACAGGGGGUGUCGAUGUCACAGGGGACAUGGUGCGAAUGCUCGUCUCCGUGCUGGCGAAGGAGUUUGAGGAGCGCCUUCACUGCCCGUCCACGUUUCGAGUUGUGGUCGAUGCGCCGCUAGAGCCCAGAGACGAUCUGCACGGGAAUGUUCGCAUCCUGAGAGGCGACGUCUUCUGAGCUUUCCUUUGCAGAGCGCCUUUUCCGACUUCGUUGUUUCCGUGACUGGAUAGCGGUUCUUUCAUUUUUGCGAAGCAUUCUCGAGUGCGCGCGCGCACGCGA